GUAAAAAGCUUUUACGCGGAGCGGGGGGGGGAGUUUGUACACGCGCGAGCACAUUCGGGAGAUGUUUCUCCACUUGAAAUAGAAGCCGCGGUCUCGAGGCAAAACGACGUAGCUUCAACCAUUUGAACGCCGCGGGGCACUUCUGAGACAACAUAUGCAUAUGUGUUGAUAUUCCGAAGGGUGGUGAAACAUGAGCGGGCGCAGAGUUCGGCGAAUGGAAAGUCGAGGAGAGCCGCGAGCCGACCACUGAGGGGGAGGAGGCGUUCACAGCGGCCCGCCGGGGGCUCACCUCCGACGCGUUACCUGCUCGAGCUGCUCCAAGCGUCACUUCUUCCUCCCGCGAGCUGAAAUCAGCGGCAUGGCUGAGCACGAGAGCCUGGAGUAUGGCAAAGCGGAUUUUGUGCUCCUGGACAACGUGUCCAUGGAGGAGUUCAUGGCGAACCUAAAACUCAGGUUCGAGAUGGGGCGGAUCUACACGUACAUCGGCGAGGUGGUCGUGUCCGUCAACCCGUACCGCGCCACCAACGCGUACGGGCGCGAGGUGGUGGAGCAGUACAAGGGCCGCGAGCUGUACGAGAGGCCGCCCCACCUCUUCGCCAUCGCCGACGCCGCGUACAAAGCCAUGAAGAGGAGGAACAAAGACACGUGCAUCGUCAUCUCAGGGGAAAGUGGAGCUGGAAAGACCGAAGCCAGCAAGUACAUAAUGCAAUACAUCGCUGCUAUCACCAAUCCCAAUCAGAGGGCCGAGGUGGAACGGGUGAAAAACAUGCUGCUUAAAUCCAACUGCGUCCUGGAGGCCUUUGGGAACGCCAAGACCAGCCGCAACGACAACUCCAGCCGCUUCGGAAAGUACAUGGACAUCAACUUUGACUUCAAGGGCGACCCCAUCGGGGGCCACAUCAGCAACUACCUGCUGGAGAAGUCCAGAGUGAUUUUCCAACAGGAAGGAGAGCGGAGCUUUCAUUCAUACUACCAGCUGCUCCGAGGCGCUCCGGACUCCCUGAUACGCUCUCUUCACAUCCAGAAGGACCCGACGGCCUACAACUACAUCAAAGUCGGAGGCCAAAUUAAGUCUUCCAUCAACGAUGGCGCUGAUUUCAAAGCCGUGGCCGACGCCAUGAAGGUGAUCGGCUUCACGGGGGACGAGAUUCAGACUGUUUACAAGAUCCUGGCCACCAUCCUGCAUCUGGGCAACCUGUCGUUCGGGGUGGACGGCGACGUGACCCUGAUCGAGAACACCAAGCUGGUGUCGUCCAUCCGGGAGCUGCUCUCGGCCAAAGAGGAGAUGGUGGAGAAGGCGCUGCUCUACCGCACCGUGUCCACGGGCCGGGACGUCAUCGAGAAGCAGCACACGGCGCAGGAAGCCGGCUACGGCCGGGACGCCCUCGCCAAGGCCAUGUACGAGCGGCUCUUCUGCUGGAUCGUGGGACGAAUCAACGACGUCAUCGAGGUGAAAAACUACGACGCCAGAGUCCACGGGAAGAACACCGUCAUCGGGGUGCUGGACAUUUACGGUUUUGAGAUUUUCCAGAACAACAGCUUUGAGCAGUUCUGCAUCAACUACUGUAACGAGAAGCUCCAGCAGCUCUUCAUCCAGCUGGUGCUGAAGCAGGAGCAGGAGGAGUAUCAACGAGAAGGGAUCCCAUGGAAACAUAUCGACUACUUCAACAACCAGAUCAUCGUGGAUCUGGUGGAGCAGCAGCACAAGGGCAUCUUCUCCGUGCUGGACGAAGCCUGCAUGAACGUGGGAAAGGUCACGGACGAGGUUUUCCUCCAAGGGCUCAACGUGAAGCUGGCCAAGCACGCCCACUACACCAGCCGCCAGCUCUCACCCACAGACAAGAGUCUGGAGUUCAACAGAGACUUUCGCAUCAGACACUACGCGGGAGACGUGAUGUACUCGGUGGUGGGGUUCAUUGAUAAGAACAAAGACACUCUGUUCCAGGACUUCAAGAGGCUGCUGUACAACAGUUCCAACCCGGUACUGAAGGGCAUGUGGCCCGAGGGCAAGCUGAGCAUCACCGAGGUCACCAAGCGGCCGCUCACUGCCGCGACGCUCUUCAAGAACUCCAUGAUCUCGCUGGUGGAGAACCUGGCCAGCAAGGAGCCCUACUACGUCCGCUGCAUCAAGCCCAACGACGUCAAGUCCCCGCUGCUGUUCGAGCAGGAGCGCUGCCGCCACCAGGUGGAGUACCUCGGGCUGCUGGAGAACGUCAGGGUGCGACGCGCCGGGUUCGCCUACAGGCAGACCUACCCCCGCUUCCUGCAGAGAUACAAGAUGAUCUCCGAGUUCACGUGGCCGAACCACGACCUGCCCUCCGACGGCGAGGCGGUGAAGAGGCUCCUGCAGGGGUGCGGCUUUGACCAGGACGCGGCCUUCGGCAAAACCAAGGUCUUCAUCCGCACGCCGCGCACGCUCUUCAGCCUGGAGGAGCAGCGGGUGGAAAUGGUCCAGAGGAUUGUCCUCUUCCUCCAGAAGGUGUGGAGGGGCACCAUCGCCAGGAUGAGGUACCGGCGUAUGAGGGCGGCCCUCGUCAUCCUGCGGGCCUACCGGCGCUACAAAGUGAAGUCCUACGUCCGCGAGGUCACCCGGCGCUUCAAGAACGUCCGCUCCAUGAAGGACUACGGGAGGCGCCUGAAGUGGCCGACGCCCCCGAAGGUCCUGCGCAAGUUCGAAGAGUCGCUCAGGAGCAUCUACAACAGGUGGUGGGCGUGGACGCUGAUCAAAGGCCUCUCUCCAGAGGAGGCCCUGCAGGUGAGGGCCAAGGUCGCCAGCCUGGAGGCCCUGAAGGGCCAGAGGGCCGACUUGGGACUGCAGAGAGCCUGGGAAGGAAACUACCUGAAGCGAGACAGCCCCGACACGGCCUCCUCCUUCACGCUGGUUUCCGGCGAGCUGCAGCGGAAAGACAAAUUCAUGAGGAUUCUGUUCUCCGGUAACGUGCGCAAGAUCAACCGUUUCCACAAGGCGGAGGACCGGGCCUUGCUCAUCACUGACCGCCACCUGUACAAGAUGGACCCCCUGAAGCAGUACAAGGCCAUGAAGAGCACCCCCCUCUACAACGUGACGGGACUGAGUGUGUCCCCCGGGAAGGACCAGCUGGUCGUGUUCCACACCAAGGACAGCAGGGAUCUGGUGGUGUGCCUGCAGGGCAUGGUGCCCGCCAACGAGAGCCGCAUCGGGGAGCUGGUGGGCACCCUCCUCAGCCACUUCAAGAGUGAGAAGCGGAAGCUGCCGGUGAGCAUCGCGAGUCCCAUCCAGUGCAGCAUGAGCGGGAGGAAGUGCACGGUCAUCGUGGAGCCCAAGAUCAACCAAUCGCAGCCGGACUUCACCAAGAGCCGAUCCGGCUACAUCCUGGCUGUUCCUGGCAACUAAAGCAGGGGGGGGGGCCGGGAGAACGACGAUGAUUCACUUCUUACUUGUCGAUGUGAUGAGUUUGAGGGCAUCUCUGGAGGGGGAUUGUGGAGUGAAAUCCUCAAAAUGCAAAGCCAUGCCAAAUGUGUAUGCAACGCCACUACAAACAAGUGUACAAUGCGUGUUAGAUGAACAGGGUUUAUUUUUUAUUUCAAAUGCACCAAAGUGGAAUUUUUUUUUUCCUUUUUUAAAUCCAAAUUCCAAAUGAUUUGCUUUGUGCAGUAUUUACUUUAUAGUACAUACGAUGUUGUGGUGGUCAAGGUGAGAUUAUGAAGCGAAUGUUGUUGCGUAAUGGGAAACAAAUCCAAAGGCAUGAAGGAAGAUUAUAUUUAUGAAUGUGUGACUGAUUUUUCAGAUUAUUGAUUGGUUAUCUGCUCUUUUUGUGAAAUGUAUUCUAAGGAAUAGCAAUGAUAUUGACCUUGACUGAAGACUUACCUCCUUAUGUGGUAAAUGAAAGGAAACGUCCACCGCUUUUUCAGUGUUCCCGAGCACAGAGACGAGUCCCGAUCCAGAUGUUGAGCAGGAUGUGUUGAGCAUAUCCUGCUCAUCGCCACCUGCUACACAAAGAUGUGUUUAUUUACUGUGCUUCAAUACUGCUAGUAUAUCAAUGGUUACUUAAAUAUCAUACUUUAGUAUGUAAAGGGAUGUAUAACUGAAGGCAAAUGAAUGAAGACGACAGCCCAAAGCGGUAUUUCGAGAUCAUAUUCUCCCUAAAAUGUUUAGUUUAAUAAGCGAAGCGUUGCUGGACAGUACUGUAUAAUCCCACGUGAAGCCCAGCUCCCUGAACGUGGCGUCACGUUGCUGUGUUGAGUGUGUGUGUGUGUGUGUGUGGAGGGAAGGUUCUGAUGACUCUCAGUGAUCCUCUGGAUACAGACAAAUAUCCCCUUCAGUAGAGGGAGAGAGUUCAGCUCCUCUGAGCUCUCCUGCUAUGCGUUUACCUCCCUGUUGAACGAUGGCAAAGACUUUCAUCUGCUUUCACCAAACCAGCGCUGUCAGUUUUCAUCUUUUGGUCAAUUCUUCAUCCAGCAGUUUGCAAAAAGGGCUUUCUGGCUUCCAGCUGGGUUUUAUAUCAACAUAGCAACACAAAUCGAGAUCAAAAGUGUCCAUAUAUUUUUUUUCUUCUAAAGACAAAUAAGUAAUCAGCUUAUUCUAGGGUUAAAACAUUGUUUUACAACCAAAUAUGGUCUCUUGAAUCGCUGCUUCAAAAGUGUUGGAGACAUGAUGGCUCCAUAAACGUCUUAUUUACGCUUUAGGGAACGAUGGCUCCGUUUACUAAUAACUAUCGUGCAACGUGGAGUUUGCUGUGAACAGCUGUUUCUGCUCGAGCUUCUCUUGUAGGACGAAGCCUCCGAGACGAGGCCUGAGGGAGGAGGGGCUCCCUCCCUCCCUCCCUCGCAGAAGUACACUCUGCUCGCCGCGUGUGUGUGCACGGACCAGUCGUUUAUCUCAAUUAGUCUGCACCCCCCCCCCGUCUCUUGUAAGGAGCCUAGCUUUGUGGUGGCUGACCUUGAUGCAGAGGAGAGUUGUUUAAGGGGAACUGUGCCUCCGUGGUGCGUGUUGAGGAAGGGACAUUGUUAGAUUUAAUAGCUGGUUCUCUAUGGAGCUCGGGGGGGUAGGGUAGAGGAGGAGGAGGAGGAGGAGGGGGGGGGGGGGGUCUAUGGAUCAUAAGGCUGCAGCUCUCCAUAUCCUUCGGCGUGGUAGUGUCCCACGGGGCUCCUCCUCUCCGCUCCGCUGGGCACCGCUCCUCGUCAGGACGUCCUCGGUGUCACUUCUCACUUGAGCGCUUCUCUCUUUCCUUUUUCUUGGGGGCAGAAAAGAGGAGGAGGACGAGGAGGAAGAGGAGGAGGAGCGGCUGAACAAAGCCUCGCUCGGCCUCCUCCUCUUCCCUACUCCCUCCUUUUCCACGGCCCCUCCUUCGCUCCGACUGCGGCGUCCCGCAGGGCGGUGGAGCUUUCUCCAUCUUUCUGUUGUUGUUGUUAUUUUCCUGUUUUUGAACAGUAGGGCUGUCGCCUGGCAACCAAAAACUUUUAUUUCAAAACCCAAUCGGCCACGAUUUCUUUUUGAUUAUCAGCUUCACAGCAAGUUAAGAUAUCACUAGCUUUUCCUGUAGUAUAUCUACAUAAAUGGGCAUAAAAUAACAAAGGAACAUUGGGCCUUGGAGACUGGUGCCAUUGUGUUUUUCUCUUUUCUUCAUAUUUACGAUCUUAUCCACCCGUCAACGGUAGCCAAAGGGUGACACAUUUUUUCUUUUGCAUAAUUUAUUCCAUUCUCUGUGGCUAAGCGCAAAAUCUGUACGUAUAGAGCAUUGAUUCAGUAUGUGCCUAAUUUUCACUCUACGUGUUGCAUAUUUGUGAUUAACGUACCGUAAUGUGUAAGUGCUAAUAAUGUUCUCUGUAAAUGCACAUUAUGCAUUCUGUGAUGUUCCGUAAUGAAACGUAUUGCAUUAAUCACUUUAUUAAUAAAUGUAUUUGCACCAGUAAGAUGAAGCUGUUGGAUGUCUCCUCCUGCUCCACCGAGGCCGGCGGUACUCGGCCCCCUUCAUCACGUGGCCACCAACAGCUGUCCCACGGGCUAAAACCCCUGCGGUCGGCAUGACAACGCCACUUGCCACUGCGUCAGUCAUCGGCAGCCACCUCAGUGGGGGGGGUGUAAUCCGCUGCUUGAUGGGUGACUAUCUGCUGCGAAACGAGUGGGAUGAAGCGCUGAUUCUUAACUGGGAGAAACUUCUGAGGGACGGACAUUUGCAGAGCUUUGGUUUAGGGAUUGAUUUAUUGUCCCAAUUCACUUCUGCAACCCAUAAGCAGACCACCAAGGUCGUCAUCAUACAUCAACAGCAGAGGGGAAAUCAGACACACAUGAGGAGCUAUAAGGGUUUCAAGGUCAUUGCUCAAGAAGGCUUUGACCUGUGCUUUAUGUGGAGGAAGGAAUUUAUCUACCAACCCUAUGAUUCGUUUGGAUUGUGUUGCUCUCGAUGUUAACCAGCUGUGAAUGUGUACGUUGUUAUAAAAAGAUGCCAGGUCCACAUCUGGAGGCACAAAAACACAAGUGGUGAACGAUCAGUGCAUUUUAUUUUUCCAUCACAGUACAAAAAUAAAUUAAAAUAAGCAGAAACUAACUGAAAAAAGUUUCAAUUACAGCAACAGCUUUUUUGUCUUUUUCAGAAAAAGAACAUUUUUAUUGAACAGCAUCGACACCCCCCCCCCCCCGCCCCCUGUUCCUUCAUGAGAAAACAUGUCACACAUUCUUCUGUACAAAUAAAACUCAUUCGUCCCCUCUAUCUCUCACACACACACACACACACACACACACACACAUCAAAUGCUUCCCUUUAUUGAAGUUUUGAGCCACUGUUUUUUUUUUAAUCUAGAAAGUAUGCAAGAUACAGAAAAGAAAUUCAAGAGAAAUCUUCCAAUACCACUUGAGUCUUUUUUUUUUAAAUACUUCAUAAGCAAUCGAAAGUAUUUUCUCAAACUACUCAAAGAUGCAAAGUGGGGGGGAAACAAAUGGCACAUUCCAAGUGAUGUGAGAGUGAAACGUGGACAGAGACGCACCCCCCCCCCCCCCCCCCGCCCACACC